AUUAGGGUUUUCACAAUUUGAAAAAAAAAAAGUCCACAAAUCUUUAAACAUUUUUUGCCUUCUCUGGGUUUCAGUUUCUUCGAUCAAAGGAAACAAAAAUCCUCAUCCUUCUGAAGUUUUUUUCCCCUACCUUUGGAGCUCGUUUGAAUCAGGUAUCAAGGUUAAAUCUGAAAGUAUAUCAAAGAAGACGAGGAUGAAUAGCUGGAGAUGAUGAUUUGUUUUCAGUAUACUUUCACCAAGAAGCAGUGACAAGAAAACAAUGAAGAGGUGGUUUUUCGUAGAUAAACGAGUUGGAUAAAAGUGUUUUUUUAAAAAAAAAAAUAAAGAAAGCCAAAAAGAGAAUUUUGUUUUUUUCAUCGAAGCAUAUAUAUAAAGUCAUGGAGUUAAACCCAAAACACACAUCCUCUGUUCUGAAAGAUCCUACACCACCAAUCAACAAAUCAAGACACGGCGUAUCCUCAAAAAUGGUAUCUAAUUCUGGUAGAUUGAUGAUGAAUCCAUGGAAGAAACCUGCAAAACUCGAUGAUGUUAAAUCCAAUGGUUGGUUAGAUGCAAUGAUUUCAUCUUCUCCACCGCGCAAGAAGCUAGUUAAAGAUUUUAACGUCGAAGUUGCUCCAGAAGAUGACCUUGCUCAACGUGCUUGGAUGCUCAAGUAUCCGUCCGCGAUUAGCUCUUUUGCGCAUAUCGCAGCUCAAGCAAAAAACAAGAAGAUAGCUGUGUUUCUUGACUAUGACGGUACUCUUUCUCCAAUAGUUGAUGAUCCUGAUCGUGCCAUUAUGUCCGACGCAAUGCGUUCUGCAGUUAAAGAUGUCGCGAGUUGCUUCCCAACCGCGAUAAUUAGCGGUAGAAGCCGUGACAAGGUUUAUCAGUUGGUAGGAUUAACAGAACUUUAUUACGCGGGUAGUCAUGGAAUGGAUAUAAUGACUUCUUUUAAUGAUCCGAAUUGUUUCAAAUCGACUGACCAACAGGGAAAGGAAGUGAAUCUGUUUCAGCCCGCUAGAGAAUUCAUACCGAUAAUCGACGAGGUUUUUAGAACCCUUGUUGAGAAAAUGAAAGAUAUUAAAGGUGCAAAAGUAGAGAAUCACAAGUUCUGUGCAUCUGUACAUUACCGUAACGUUGAUGAGAAGGAUUGGUCAAUCAUUGCUCAACGCGUUCAUGACCACUUGAAACAAUACCCUCGUUUGCGUCUCACUCAUGGGAGGAAGGUUUUAGAGGUUCGUCCUGUGAUAGACUGGAACAAAGGAAGAGCGGUCGAGUUUCUAUUAGAAUCUCUCGGGUUAAGCAACAAAGACGAAUUGCUUCCUAUUUACAUUGGAGAUGACACAACUGAUGAAGAUGCAUUCAAGGUACUUCGAGAUGGGAACCGAGGUUUCGGCAUCUUGGUAUCGUCUAUACCAAAAGAAAGCAAUGCGUUUUACUCUCUUAGAGAUCCAUCUGAGGUGAAGAAAUUUCUAAAGACUUUGGUGAAAUGGGCAAAGUUGGAGAAGAUUUCUACUGGUUUUUGAUUGUUAUAGUGGAAACCUGAUUGAAAGCUUUUUUACCUUUUGUUUUUAUUUAGAGAACAAUCACUAG